GUUGGUUGGGUGACACAGCUUGUCAUUGACAAGUCUGUCUGCAAGCGCUACAUUGCGACUCAACUCUUGCAAACUCUCAAAUCCCAAAUGGUUGUCAGUCUCAUUUCAUCUCAUCCUGCUGCUUGCAACAUUUUGGCAAAAUAUGCUUCUACCAACAUAUAUGAUGUUGAUUUGGACUUCAUCCGUACCCAUGCAGAGGGGAUUCUAGCAUCCUCCAGUAUCAGCUAUCUCAAGGCUGCUGAACUGAGGGGCAAUCUCUUCCAAGCAGACUGUGAUGCCAGCACUGUCUCAUCUGUAUUCACCUCGUUUUAUGUCGACCACACUGAGCCUUUGGAAGCAUUGCAGCAGUACAAGGCAAAGGGUCAAUGGUGCUUGGGUGACCUCCUCGAGGGACAUGAAUUUCUUGCUAUUUUCCCGAUUGAACCCUUGAGCCCAAUUGAGCCGCCUUUGAGCCCGAUUGGGCUGUAA